CGGCGGCGGCGGCGGCGGCGGCGGCGGCCGAACCGACAGAGUCGGACCCGACACCAAAACCGAAGCAGAGAGUGAAGAAAACUAAAAUCCAGUUUAUUGUAUUACAAUACUAUGUCAUAACAGUCAGGAAUGGAUUUGGAUAUAUUGGCACACAGUGCUCUGAAAUAAAUAAGAUUAUUUUCCACUUGUUCAUCAAGAUGGAAAGCUCAGAUUCUAACGAUAAAGGAAGUGGUGAUCAGUCUGCAGCACAGCGCAGAAGUCAGAUGGACCGAUUGGAUCGGGAAGAAGCUUUCUAUCAAUUUGUAAAUAACCUGAGUGAAGAAGAUUAUAGACUUAUGAGGGAUAACAAUUUGCUAGGCACCCCAGGUGAAAGUACUGAGGAAGAGUUGCUGAGAAGACUACAACAAAUUAAAGAGGGCCCACCACCACAAAACUCAGAUGAAAACAGAGGUGGAGACUCUUCAGAUGAUGUGUCCAAUGGUGACUCUAUAAUAGACUGGCUUAACUCCGUCAGACAAACUGGAAAUACAACAAGAAGUGGUCAAAGAGGAAACCAAUCUUGGAGAGCAGUGAGCCGGACUAACCCAAACAGUGGUGAUUUCAGAUUCAGUUUAGAGAUCAACGUUAACCGUAAUAAUGGGAGCCAAAAUCCAGAGAAUGAAAAUGAGCCAUCUGCAAGACGUUCUGGUGGAGAAAAUACAGACAACAGCAGCCAAAGGCAGGUGGAAAAUCCACGAUCUGAAUCAACAUCUGCAAGGCCAUCUAGAUCAGAACGAAAUUCAACUGAGGCAUUAAUGGGAGAAGUCGCACCCACCAGAGGUCAGAGAAGGGCAAGAAGCAGGAGCCCAGACCAUCGGAGAACCCGAGCGAGAGCUGAAAGAAGUAGGUCACCUCUGCAUCCAAUGAGUGAAAUUCCACGGAGAUCUCAUCAUAGCAUCUCAUCUCAGACUUUUGAGCAUCCUUUGGUAAAUGAGACUGAGGGAAGUUCUAGAACCCGACACCAUGUGACAUUGAGACAGCAAAUAAGUGGACCUGAUUUGCUAAGUAGAGGUCUUUUUGCAGCUUCUGGAACAAGAAAUGCCUCACAAGGAGCAGGUUCUUCAGACACAACCAGCAGUGGUGAAUCUGCAGGAUCAGGACAGAGACCUCCAACCAUAGUCCUUGAUCUGCAAGUAAGAAGAGUUCGUCCUGGAGAGUACCGGCAGAGAGAUAGCAUAGCUAGCAGAACUCGAUCAAGGUCUCAGACGCCAAACAAUACUGUCACUUAUGAAAGUGAACGAGGAGGUUUUAGGCGUACAUUUUCACGUUCCGAACGGGCGGGUGUGAGAACCUAUGUCAGUACCAUCAGAAUUCCAAUUCGUAGAAUCUUAAAUACUGGUUUAAGUGAGACUACAUCUGUUGCAAUUCAGACCAUGUUAAGGCAGAUAAUGACAGGUUUUGGUGAGUUAAGCUACUUUAUGUACAGUGAUAGUGAUUCCGAGCCCAGUGGCUCAGUCUCAAGUCGAAAUGUGGAAAGGGCAGAGUCACGGAAUGGAAGAGGGGGUUCUGGUGGUAGUAGCAGUUCUGGUUCCAGUUCCAGUUCAAGUUCCAGUUCCAGUUCCAGUUCCAGUUCUAGUUCCAGUUCCAGUCCUAGUUCCAGUUCCAGUGGUGAAAGUUCAGAGACUAGCUCAGAGGUGUUUGAAGGCAGUAAUGAAGGAAGCUCAUCAUCAGGCUCAUCAGGUGCCAGACGAGAGGGUCGACACAGGGCCCCAGUAACAUUUGAUGAAAGUGGCUCUUUGCCCUUCCUUAGUCUGGCUCAGUUUUUCCUCUUAAAUGAGGAUGAUGAUGACCAGCCUAGAGGACUCACCAAAGAACAGAUUGACAACUUGGCAAUGAGAAGUUUUGGUGAAAACGAUGCAUUAAAAACCUGUAGUGUUUGCAUUACAGAAUACACAGAAGGCAACAAACUUCGUAAACUACCUUGUUCCCAUGAGUACCAUGUCCACUGCAUCGAUCGCUGGUUGUCUGAGAAUUCUACCUGUCCUAUUUGCCGCAGAGCAGUGUUAGCUUCUGGUAACAGAGAAAGUGUUGUGUAAUUAAGUUCUGAACUCCCAGCUAUGUAGCUGGUACUGUGAUGGGCAAACAGGAAUCACUUGCUUUCUGCCCACUUUUUGAGUGGUGCUUAAAUGUAAAGUAGCAACCUGAAUUGAGUCAUUGCUUUCUGAGUGAAUCAUUGUCCUUUUUCCAGUUUCUGUUCCAGAAUAAAAGGAAAUAUUUAAAAAGCAACGUUUUAGGACAUAAAAAUCUGAUUUCAGUACCAGUAAUUGAUAUUACUGAUGAUUUGUCAUAUAUGCUUAUCAGUUUCUCCUUUGUUAUCUUUUUAAAGAUCUGCCUUAGCAAUGGCUCUUUAUCCAUUUCAUGUUGAUCUUUAACGUUUCCCACACCAUAGGAGAGGGGCAAAGGAAACUGCCAGUUUAGACUAAGUUACAGUACAUGUUUCAUAAAUGAUUGCUUAAAGCUAUACCAUUCCCAGUUAUUAGUUGGCACAAAUUCAGCUAAAUGCUGAAUAUCAUUUGUUCACCUUUCAGAUGAGGUGAUAUUGGACGUCAGUGUAAAUAACACUAAGGUUAGGAUCUUCUAAGUGUAUAACUGUCUCCUAAGCCCAUCACUGUGGCACACUGUAGAGUGAGCUUAUAGUUUAAUUGAGAUAUUUAUCUUGUGGAAAUAUUAAAAAGCCUAUGCUUGUGUAAGUGAAAAAUCACAUUCAUUUGUUUAAAAAUGUAAAGCUAUUUUGUAGAGGCUCAGUACUUUUCCAAUGCACUGUUGUAUUAAUGCAUUAAAAAUUGUAAAGUACCAUGCUUAGAAAUGAAAAAAAACUGCUUUUUGUGAGCCAAGAUAGUAACACACACACACACACACACACACACACCCCAAACAAAGUACAAAGCUGCUUUUCUAAGUGUGUAGAUGUCAAGAGCAGAACAUAUCUAGUAUUUAAUGUAUGUGAACAGCUACUGUGACAUGCAAAGGAAAGGACAGUGUGCAGAAUUGAGCUGCAUUACCAAUAGAAACUUGGUAUUUUAACUUGGAUUUAAGCAGGAAAUGAAAGAUGGGAGGAGUCAAGAAAACUGCUCUGAAAAAUUUAAAAUUUUUAUGAAGACAGUAAUCAUACAGACGGGAACUGGUUUCAUAUGGUGAGGUCCUUGACACAGUAUUCUGCUUGAGCUGAUGAAGUAGAUUAAUGAAUUUGGUAGAGUUUUGGUUAAAAACAAGAAACCACUACCACCUAGCACAAGUUACAUUGAUGUUUUCACAAGUCUGCUCCUCAGAAAAGGAAAAAGGGAAGGUGGAGGAAAGAGACUAUAAACCACUUUUAGCAUUAUAAGAAUCGAAGUUGGUACAGAUGUGUGUACUAAUAGGAAAGUGUCAAAUUUGCGUUCUUUUCGAGAUUUGUCAUUUAAGGUACCAGUGCACACUUGUUAAUACUUCAUUACUCUUAACACAGACCUAACAUCUCACAUUUAAAGGCCAAUUGAAGAAUUAAGGGAUGUUCAUCCUUUGUUGAAAAUGAAUCAUGUUGGGUCAUUUAAGAUUCACAUUUUAAUUGUGCUGCGCAUGUUUGAAGAUGAGGCUGCUGACUCACAAUCUAUGGGACAUGCGUUUUGUGGUGUUGCCUUAGUUAAUGAGAUUAGGUUUGUGAAGAACCCCAGUGUAUUCAUGCUGAAUUUCUCUUGAGGCCAGUUGGGGUUAGGAUUUAGUCUGAAUGUGGAGGACUUGUUUAUCUGGGAGAAGAUAGUGGGCCCAAAGAGGAAUUGCACACAUCCUUGGUCUUUAAAGUGAAAACUACCCAUGUAUGUCAGAUACUGUACAAAUUAAACAGGUCUGCUUCAGGAGUUAGCUGGCUACCUUAACUGCUAUCAACUUAGCUGUAAAGGUUAUUUCAAAGCUCAUUCUUAUAUGUUUUCCUUUGGCUUUCACUCCUACCUAAGUAUCAAGGAGAUUAACUUGUAAAUAUGAUAGUUGUUUACUAAGGAUAUGUACUGCUCUUGCAAGGAAAUAAUGUCCAAACAAAGCUUCACUUAUUUUUUUUAAUAUAAGCAGAUUUCACUGUUUAUGGCGCUUAUGUAAUACAUUUUAUCUUUUUAAAAAAAUUGUCCAUGUAAAAGUCAGGAUUCCUUUAUAUUUGUGAGCCUCCUUGUCUCCUUUCCUAAGGGUGUAAUCUGCGAUUUUCCAGAUCUGCAGGGUAGUCCUGAUAGGCUAAAAACCCAUUUUCCUCUUGGUAUAAAACGUCCCAUUAUAAGGGUGUUCAUUUUAAAUAGUUGAAAAAGAACUGCAGCACAUUCUAAGCAUAAAAGAAAGUUAUUGACAACAGGUACCUCCCUAACCUCCCAAGAUGUAUUACUCCUUUGUGAAGUAUUAAAGUAAGAGGUAAUUCAUGCAGAAUGCUGGUUAUGAAUGUAGAUAUUGAAGCUAUUCAUAAACACUGGAAAUAGGAUUUUAAGUUUUUAGCCUUCAGUGGAAUGCACAUACUGGACAUGUGCAUGUGGACACCUUUUUCAAUAGCACUCACUGAUUCCCAUUGGAUUGUGUAGAAUGGAUACAAAUAUUUUAGUGGAAUUUGCUACUUAAUUUUUAUUUUGUACAAGGUCCAUGACUGUAUUUAUUAGUGUUGUGGACAUUGAAGACAAUGUCAUUCAUAGGUGUCUGGUGUACAGUGGAGAGCAAGAGUCUUUUUUUUUCCCCACCAGCAUCCAAAACGCCUAUUCUCUUGAGGCAGCAUUUUCUUGCAAAAGACUUUACAUUUCAUUUUGUAUCUUUGCACUUUUUCUUUAUUACAGAAAGGUUCUGUCUUGAAGACCUAGUUUGAACUUCAUGCAGUUAAUAGGAACAAGAAAAAACAAUGUUGGGAAAUCACAUUGUUCAAAGCAUAGGGAAAAAUACUAAAAACUGAGUUUCCUUGAGUAUUUCAGAUAUUUUUAAAAAUUCACUUACUGGUAUGAAGCAUUUGAGGUGUUAUGUCCGUUUAACUCCAAGCAGCUGACAAGGUUGAGGUUUAUUAAUACUUAAAACAGAAUUGAGCAAGUUAGGUUUAAAGUGUGCAGACUUUAUAGCAACACUAGAAGAUGAGCCAUGUUGUUCAUUUGGAAUAUUUGCCCUAAAAAGAACACAUUAGUUAUACCUCAGUGGUGUUAAUGGUUAAUGAGGUGGGGAUUGAGAGAUCACAUUAGUGUUGGAAGUGUAGGAAAUUAUCAGUUGUACAGUUAACAAAGUUUAGUACUGGGAUUUUGUAUGUGUGAUGGUGUGUGUAUGUCUGCCUGUGUUCAUAGGCACGCGUACACACACACACACACACACACACACACACGUGAUCUCUAAAAACAUGAUUGUUGCGUUUAUCCAGACUUUAAGAUUAGGAAACUGCUUAGCUGUAAGUGUUACCUCAAGUAAUUUUUACCCCCCUUGGGAAAACAUGUCCUUUCUGUGCCAAGUGUUCUCAUGUCAGUGUCUCAGAUUGUAUUUAUGAAGGGUUUUCACUUAAUAUGUUUUUUUUUAACUUAACCACCUGCUUCCCAAAUGUCCAUGACUUGAAAUGGGUCAAGCGUCAGUCAUGACAUUCAGUCAGUUCCCAAAAUACCCAUGUGAUAGGGAGGUGAAUGUUGGAAAAUGCCUCUUAAAGGCCAUUUUUACCGCUUGCUAGAAUGCAGUGGCACCUUGUGGUGGUUGUUGAUACUUUUCUUUUAAAAAUGGAGGGUAUUCCCCCUCCAACCCUUUUUAUUCUCCUUUGUUCUUUUGCGAACACAAAUUAUUAGUGAUUUGCCUUGGGUUUUUAAAGUUUUACCUUACUGGCUUCCCUAUCAGAUGUAUUACCAACCUUAAGUACAUAGAAGCCACGUUUGCAGGGCACUUUUAUUCUUUUCUUGUAAAACUGUGCUGAUUGCUACUUUCUAAAGUAUUCUGUACCUUAGUGAUGAGAUUGAUAAGGCACAUAGGAAGGUGUCAGGCAUUUUUUUUUUACCCUUAAGAAUAAUAAUUCUAAUAUAUGUUUAAUAAUAGUGUUGUAAUUCAUGGAGUUAAAUAGUAAAUUACAUGCUUUUGGAAAGCAUUCGAAAAUGUAAAUCAACAAAAAUAAUAUGCUUCAUUUGGAAAGUUAAAGUGCAGGGUCCAAGGAACAAGUAUUUCAUUUAUUUUGAAAUUGGAGUUUUAGUAAGCAACUAAGAAAUAGAUAGGAGUUGAGUACUUGCCCUUUAAAAGUUUUAGCAUUUUGAAUUUGAGUUCUUAACUGGAACAUUUCUAAAAUACUAUAAUAUUCCCAACAGCUGAGUGAUCUCAUUUGAUUUAAUAACUCCACUCUGUAUUUAAAAUACAGCGCAGAAUAGAGCUGUUAUUGAAGUGUUCAGACUUUCAAGGGAUAACAGUUGGUGUCAGUUUUAGGAUUAUUUUCAUGUCUCUAUAGGUGUUUUCAUUUGAAUUUGAAGGAAACAAACACUCUCAAAUACAAUUAUAGUGAGAUAACUAGGUUUUGAUUAGGAUUUGUUUACUAAAGACCCACAGGCUGCUUUAUAGUCACCUGGGUUGAGUGAUAACCUUAAAUACAUGAAAUGAAAGUGAACCCCACCAUACCACUGUGCCUCGUUAUUUCAGGGUUCCUCUCAGUUCCUGAUCUUGCAGAUUUAUUCCAAUACCAAGGUAUGGUUGAACCAGCUGCCCAGCCUUAACUCUGUUUAGUGCGCCUCUGCUAACAUUCUUUUAUCUGAUUGAUUUGUAUGUGUUUUUACUGUCUGAUGUUUGGAUUUUUACCUCUUGUUAGCUCCAUUCGUCCCUGGUGCUGCUUUUAAAGAUAUAGGGCCAUGUGAUCAGGUAUCAAAUUGAGUAGGUACGCAGUUGGCCUGGUUGUGUAUCUGUGCCUGUUUUAUCUUCUCCCGGGAAGAGCUGCUUUGGUAUAGAUGUUUACUUGGAUUCAUAUAUAAAGAAGUGGGCAGCAGUCUUAGAAAGUUUUCUGAAGCCAAAAGAACCUGAAGGGAUUUGGAGGGGGGAUAGUAACAAAAGCUGCCUUUAUGUCUUUGAACAUGAAGCACAUAAAUGUAUGUUCUGUAAAGACUAAAGUGAUUGUUAUACCAGGGCUUCCUGACCUCUGGGAGAGACUUUCAAAAAAGCAGAGAGGAGCACAAAGUGAAGUGAAUUUGGUCGGCUUGCUUUACCUGGUUUCUCAUUUUCUUUCAAUUUAAAUCUGAACAUAACCCCCUUCUCCAAUAUCUACCCAGAAGACUCCUGGUUGGGAAGCCCUGUAUUAAAUUUUGAGAAUGUACCCAGUUUCCUUUUUUUUUUGUACAGUGCUUUAUACCUGCUAAAAAUUAAAUUGUUUAAUGCAAAACAAGACCUUGAAAGGUCAGUCAUAUUAAAGCUGGUUUGAUUAUUAAUAGUUACCUUUUAGGAAGAAGCUUUUUCCCUAUGUAAGAUGUCAUACUGCAGAUUUAAAAUAUAGACUACCAAUAAAAUGCAUGAAGUGAUCA